AACGGACUUGCUUUCCAAUAUUGAAGUCACAUGUUAUAAAUAGCGCAGCCGUUAUAUCUAUUUUAUACUUGUAGUCAAGAGAUGACGAGCGUUAUGAGAACAUGUCAGUAAAAUAAAUUUAUGACGAGCGUUAUGAGAACAUCUGUUGUCUGUAUCUUCAUAUUUUUGUGGAGGAUACAAGCUAACAACUACUCUGAACCAUACAUUUGCUAUGGGGACGUUUGUAACUCUGAAAGCCCUGCACAGUUCUGCGAUGUAGUGUACAGGCACUGUCGGCGUUGUGACGAUAUCAGAGGCGACUGUUUCACCCGCCAUCAAACGUUCAACUGCACAGAAUAUUGUUAUGAAAUUCGAUAUAAAGAAGAGGUCGAAAAACUUCGAGUUGCAGGAUGCACAAUUCUUUCUCCUCAAAACAAUGGACACCUUGAUGACCACAGAACACACGUACCAUUUAAUGAUACGUUAAAAUUCACAUGCAACGAUGGUUAUGUGCCUACGUUUAUUGAUCUCGUACGAUGUGGCGAAUUCUCAAUGUGGAGUGGACCUCUACCGAAAUGUGAAAUUUCAACAAACAAGACACCUACUUUAUUGACGAUCAUUUGCGUUGUUUGCGGUGUUUGUUUUCUUGUGUCGUUACUCGGGAAUAUAUUUAUGAUAUAUUCUCUAAACAAAAGCCAAUUUCGUCUUUGGCUAAAGGAAUUUAAUGAGAAACGAAUGUCGCCCAAGGAAAGGAAAAGACUGUUAGAUUCAAACAAAAGCGAAACAGAUGUUAAGAUAUGCAAUGGAACCGGACUGUCUGCAGAACGCACCAGCCCUGCUGCCUCCGCUCCAGAAGAACAAGGACUUGACGUUGUUAUUUGCUCCAAUUCAGACAUCACGCAAUCGAGUCAACAUCCAGACAAGCAUAUUUGUAAUGAUACUAUCAAUGAAGACAGAGGCAGGAGAUUCACAGGAAGCAAUCAAACGCUUUCACAAGAAGCACACGUACCUAGUGUAAAUGGUCGAAUUGGGCAUGAUUCUUCAUCCCAUUCAACACGUGAUGAGGAGAUCAACAACCCUUCCGUAAACGGUGGUUCUACUGUCGGGAACAUUAUUAAUAAUAUCACCACCACUAAUGUCCAUCUCCAUGUAAGUUCAACGCCGCAACCAACAUCAGUAGGUCCUUCGACAGCAACUAGUCAACCACGGGAGACAGACAGUACACUAACGGAUAAACGACCUGUUGAAGAGACUGAUAUUUUAGGAUCACAGUCUGGGACACCAUCACAGACAGUCAGAGCUGUUCCUCCAGAAAACGACGGAACUGCUUUGAAAAGCAUUUAAUAACAGUUAGUUUCUUUUAUAUACCGAUCUUUGAAUGACUUUAUAUGUACAGAGAAAUUCUGCAUGUUGUAUCGUACGACAUGUUUAUACACAUUAAACACGUUUACUCAUCAAAUAUUGAAGCAUUUAAGUCAUCGGUAAUAAUUAAUAUAUUAUUGUGAAGUAUACAUAGUAAAUUAACGCUUGUUACAAAGAACAAUCAUUAUGAUAAGGAUAUAGGUAAAUCCGUUUUACGUUUUUAUGUACACAUAUUUAGUCAUGUUUAUAUUCUGUUUAUAACGUAUGCAUAUGUGCAGAUUUAUUUAUAUGCAUCAUAAUAGCUCAAAUAUAAUAAUUGUGAUUUCCGUUAUACAAUAGUAAGUGUUUUAUUGCUGCUUCUUCCUGUAUUUGCGCGAUGAUGAUCUGAAAUAUUAACUUUAUGAUGCAAUAUUUUUAAAUCUUUUUCAUAACAGAAGGGAUGUAGUUGACACUUGUUCGUAGUUUCAUUUCAUCGUUGCUCAAAAGGUUGUAACUCUGUUGCUCUGGUCUCUUUCCUACCAUUGAAUAAUUAAAUGGUAAUUAAAUUCAAUGCGUUUUAAUUCCCUUUUAUUAUUGUUUAAUUUAAGUUGCAAUGCUAUGAGGUUAAAUUUUAUUUACACUUAUAUGCAUCAUGAAUAUUGCUGGGCCAAGUGUGAGGUUGAGCGCCAUAAAACCGGUUUAAAAACCCAAUGCUUUGCAUUGACCGUUCCAAGGCGGUGACCCCAGCUUUAUUCUUAUAUGUGUUUAUGGUGUUUUGUAUUGUGCUGUUUGGUGCUGUUUUGGCAAUGGUCACUUGCCUUAAAUAAAGGACCAACUAAUUGUAUUAAUGAGAAUGCAAUUCUGCUCGAGAAGCUGGAGUUUAACUUUUUUAUAUCGUGUUUAUAUAUUGACAGGGAAGGUUCGUGAACGCAUUGCUUAACGCAUAUGUUGUUUUUGUUGCAUGUUAAUGCUGUUUGUGACUCAUUAUAUUGUGAUAAAAAAUAUUAAAAUCAA